GAAAAAUUGGUGAAGCGCGCAAGAUCGCUCAAACGACACGCCUUAGUAUCAAAGACAGAUACACAGCAACAGUAUGUCUGAUACGGAGAAAACAAACCUGACUCCCGCUCCUGCGGCGGAGAAGACUCUUGGCAUGCGCAAGAAUGGCAAGCAAUGGCAUGCCCCCAAGAAGGCCUUCCGACCUACCGCUGGCCUGAAGUCAUAUGAGAAGCGAACGCAAGAGCGUGCUCUCAUGGCGCAAGUCAAGGCCAAGGAGAAGGAGAUGAAGGACGAGAAGGAACAGGAGCGCCAGCGCAAGAUUGCAGCCAUUAAGGAGAAGCGAGCAAAGAAGGAGGAGGCUGAGCGAUACGAGAAGAUGGCCGAGAAGAUGCACAAGAAGCGAGUCGAGCGACUAAAGCGCAAGGAGAAGCGAAACAAGCUGAUCAACUCAUGAUCGCGGGAUGGUUUUGGUGGUUUAAAUUUGAUUGGAGCAGACAUAUAUCGACAGCAUUAUGAUUUACGAUGCGGUAUACCUCAAACUACAACUUGCAACGGAAAGAUUAGGUUAGACAAUACGGGAGCAGCACAAUAUACCUGGGCGUUGGAAUAUGCGAUCAAAUCUUGGCGGAUCAAUUACCAGGUUCUCCGGCUAUCGAGUGGUUAUUCGUCUUCGUGUGAUUAAAGGUUUCUAAAUCUAAUAUGUAUCAUCGAUUCAUAAACCGGCUGGUUCGGGACUGAGUCGAGCUCUAACUGAGAUUCAUUUGCUGUAGGAGAGCCAACCGAUAUCUUCGAAAGACAGCAAGUGACAUGAGGUCCACAGAUCUAAAAUGUCGAGUUGACGAAACCAACAUACGUGAAUAUUCUAGUAGAGCCAUCUACUGGUUUCUUUGGGGAUUUUGGUCUUAGUUAAAGACCUCCGUUGUGGAUAUCGUGGUGACUAUGAC